GUUUACCCCGCCUAUGCGCCGCCCCCCGACCUUGGUAUAACCCGCCGUCCCACAGAAACCUUCGGCGCAGAACGCACAAUAACCACCGAGCACCAGCGAAUACUUGCAAGGCAAGCAAGGCAAACUCGGCAUGGACUCCUUCUCGUCGCCGUCGAUGUCGUCGGGGUCGCCCCCCAACCCGGAGGCGGUCAUGGAGGAGAUCAAGGCGCAGCUCGCGCAGGCCUAUGCCCAGGAGCUUCUUGAGACAGUUGGGAACAAGUGCUUUGCAAAGUGUGUGACCAAGCCUGGAUCAAGCAUGAGCGGAAGCGAGAGCAGCUGCGUAUCACGCUGUGUUGAUCGUUACAUUGAGGCUACUGGUAUCGUUGGCCGGGCUUUGUUCAGUCACCGUUAAGAAGCUGGGUAGUAAUGUGAUGAGGUGAACUAAUAUGAGGCGAGCUUUUGGUCUAGAGUCUUGUGUCGUCAGAAUACAGUAACAGUUACAAGUACUCAGGUCGUCAUGCAGUGUUUGGUUUCGUCGGGACACUCCAUGUUUCAUUGUGCCAUUCUAGGUUUGCGAAAGAAACAGGAUGUAUCGAGGGGUGAUGGUCUUUUGGUGAAACUCAUAAAUUUCCAUUUUGGAGCAACAAAAUCAUAAUAACCUCGUGCAGUUCUUCUUAA